AUGGACAAAGAAUGUAACCAGACUGUAGUUUCUGCCAUAAAGGAAGGGUUAUUGAGCAUGGGAGGGUUAGGGUUAGUGAUGAUGACAGUGACGACAUGGAUAGUGAUGCACAGAUGGAGCCAGAGGAAGAAGAAAGGGCCAAAGACAUGGCCAGUUCUGGGAGCUGCAAUAGAACAACUGAUGAACUAUGAGAGGAUGCAUGAUUGGCUUGUCACUUACUUGUCUCACUCUAAAACUGUGGUGGUUCCUAUGCCUUUCACAACCUAUACUUACAUUGCUGAUCCUGCCAAUGUUGAACAUGUCCUUAAGACCAACUUCAACAACUAUCCUAAGGGGGAAGUGUACCAUUCAUAUAUGGAAGUGCUGCUUGGAGAUGGCAUAUUCAAUUCAGAUGGUGAGCUUUGGAGGAAACAAAGGAAGACUGCCAGCUUGGAGUUUGCUUCCAAGAAUUUAAGAGAGUUCAGUACCAAAGUUUUCAGAGACUACAGCCUCAAGCUCUCUUCCAUUCUCUCCUCUGCUUCUUUCCUCGAUCAACAAGUCGACAUGCAGGAGUUACUGAUGAGGAUGACUUUAGACUCCAUAUGCAAGGUGGGAUUUGGUGUUGAAAUAGGAAGCCUGGCUCCCAAUUUACCAGACAAUCUUUUUGCUCAAGCCUUUGAUGCUGCAAACAUCAUCGUCACACUUAGAUUCAUUGAUCCGUUCUGGAAAAUCAAGAAGUUCCUAAACAUAGGCUCUGAAGCACAGCUUGACCGAAGCAUUAAGAUCAUUGAUGAUUUCACUUACUCAGUCAUUCGAAGAAGAAAGGCUGAGAUAGAAGAAGCCAAGAACAAUGGCCUGCAUCAUAAGAUUAAACACGAUAUUCUAUCAAGGUUCAUAGAAUUGGGAGAGGGAACUGAUGCAACAGAGAAGAAUCUGAGAGAUGUGGUGUUGAACUUUGUGAUUGCUGGUCGAGACACAACAGCGACGACUCUGUCAUGGGCCAUAUAUAUGACCAUGACACAUGAUCAUGUUGCUGAGAAGCUUUACUCAGAGCUCAAAACUUUUGAGGAGGAUCAAGCAAAACUACGCAAUGUUUCAUUGCUUCAUUGUGACACUGAAGAUCCUGAAUCAUUCAACACAAGAAUACACCAAUUUUCUGAGCUAUUGACAAAAGAUUCAUUAGAGAAGCUGCCUUAUUUGCAUGCAGUCAUAACAGAAACACUUAGACUGUAUCCAGCAGUUCCUCAGGACCCAAAGGGAGUAUUGGAGGAUGAUGUGUUACCAGAUGGAACAAGAAUAAAAGCAGGAGGGAUGGUGACUUAUGUUCCAUACUCAAUGGGAAGGAUGGAGUAUAAUUGGGGUACUGAUGCUUCCUCCUUCAGACCUGAGAGGUGGUUCAAAGAUGGUCUUCUAGUACAUGAAUCUCCUUUCAAAUUCACUGCCUUUCAGGCAGGGCCAAGGAUAUGUCUGGGGAAGGAUUCAGCUUACUUGCAGAUGAGAAUGGCGCUUGCAAUUCUGUGCAGAUUUUACAGAUUCCAAUUGGUGGCUGGUCACACUGUCAAAUAUCGCAUGAUGACUAUUCUUUCAAUGGCUAAUGGCUUGAAGCUUACUAUACAAAGACGUCCUUAA